ACAUUGUGUGAGCUCAUGUGUGCGCGAGGGGCAGCAGGAGCGCGACAGCAAAUGAUACUUCUAAAUAAAUAGCGGCGAUAGGUAAAAGAAGACUUUAAAAUGCCCAUGAAAGGAAGGUUUCCGAUCAGGAGGACACUCCAAUACCUCCAAAAAGGCGACAUUAUUUUUAAAAAUAGGGUUAAGAUUAUGACAGUCAACUACAACACAAAUGGAGAGCUAAGCGAUGGAGCAAGAAAAUUCGUGUUUUUCAAUAUUCCUCAAAUUCAGUAUCAAAACCCAAGAGUCCAAAUAAUGAUGUUUAAAAACAUGACGCCGUCUCCCUUUCUGAAGUUCUAUCUCGAUGAUGGUGAGCAGGUGCUUGUGGAUGUAGAAGGAAAAGACCACAAACAAAUUUCACUGCACGUCAAGAAGAUAUUGGGCAAAUCAGAAGAUACAUUACAAGCUGAGGCAGAGCUGAAGAUGCAGGCCUCAAAUCCUGCUAAUUUUGGUCCAAAAAAGUACUGUCUUCGGGAGUGUAUAUGUGAAGUGGAGGGACAGGUGCCAUGUCCUGGGACAAAACCCUUGCCAAAAGAGAUGACAGGCAAAUAUCGAACUAAGAUGGCCGCACAGCAGGAGUAAAAUGAGUGACUGUAAUCAAGGGACAGACCAAUGCUGACUAAUGGUUUUGGCAGAGAAAAUUACUCAAGAUGAUCUAUAGUUAAAACUAGCAACUAACAAUAACAAUGGAAAACAACAAAAUGACUUGUCUCCAAAAAGUGCAUUAUUGCUAAAUCUACCCUACUUCAUCUUUCUAUAAUAUUUUUCAUAUGUAACUUUACACAAUGUGCAAUCUAUGCUUUUUCUGUAAACAUAAUAUAAUGGAAGUUCUGUUUGUA